AUGGCAACCUACAAACAAUACAUGAAAAACUGGGAACGAGACAGGAAAGAAGCUGAAAAGUAUCCAUUGACUCGGCGGAUCACGCUGAACGGCACAAGUGCUGAAGAUGAUUUCGAUCAUCCCGUUUCGACCAUCGACGUACACGCCGCCCUGGCCGUGGUGCCUUAUUGUCCCCCAACUGGGGAAGAUAGAUGGGCGCAGGUCUGGCUCGCAUCAGUACACCUCCUCAGCGGCAACCAAACGCACCCUGUCGUCGUCAAGCUCUUUCAAGAAUCUCUGUUCCCGCGUACAGACCCGACAGCUUUCGAAUACUAUUGUGCUUGGUCUGCCGCCGCGCUAUGCGAAGCCGAGGCAUGGGGGUAUGAACAAGCCAAACCUUUGCAAGGACUGCUGUUGCCGCACUCAAAUGGGUUUUAUCGCUUCGAACUUCCGUGCGAGCAGAUUGUUGUCGGUCAUGUUAUGGAAUACAUUGAAGGACAUCCGCUCGAACGAGACUUCGAUGGAAUGAUCGACGGCUCCUUCUACUCGCCGGAGAGUCAACUCGAGACAAUUCUCCCACAGCUUUCCCUCAGUGUAUAUUGUCUGCAUUUAUGCGGUGUUCACCAUGGCGACCUGUCUCCCAAUAACGUUUUGCUACUUCCUGGAAAGCCCAGUUUCUUUAUAUUUAUCGACUUGGAUCAAUGUUCUCCGUUGUUACCGAAUCCAUAUGGUAAACCGGAUAGCUCUGGCUUGUGUUACUGCCUUCAAGAACUUGAAUCUGGCGAGAAGGUCACUGCUUGGCUGGAGGAAGAGCUCGUCCGUAGCAAGGCUUGGGCGAUAGACGUUUUCACCUCGACGGAUGGGUUCGACGACCUCAAAGAGUCGACCCUAGCCAUAGAGGACCAGUACCAAGGUCAGGCUGGGUGGAUGAAGGAAGAGAAGGAGAGGCAAGGUUCAACGGACUGA